AUGGCAGGCCCUAGCUCAUCGCGUCAGGAUCGAAUGGAAGAUGACCUACCACCAGGCACCUUUCUCUUCGAUGAGACUCAGGCUCAGCAAGUGAUCCUCCUCAGCCCGGUCCCCUCAAGCGAUCCCAACGAGCCUUUGAAUUGGAGCACAGCGCGCAAAGCAGUCAAUUUCACGCUAGCGCUAGCAGUGACAUGUCUCAUUUUCACAGCACUCUCGAUUCAACUUAUCUUCUGGCAACUGAUGGUGGUGGAUUUGAAAGUCACGUAUACCCAGCUCAAUCGAGCCAUGUCUGUCAACUACGUUGGUCUAUCCAUGGGUUGUGUCAUGUUCAUCCCCCUAGCGAAGAAAUUCGGGCGUCGACCAAUUUACCUGAUUUCCACCGCGUUCAUGCUUGUGACUUCCUUUUGGUCUGCAGAGAUCAAGACUCUCUCUGAGCUUUACAUCACAAACCUCAUCCAGGGCUUGGCUGGGGCGACGAACGAGGCUAUUGUUCAAAUUACUAUUGCGGAUCUCUUCUUCGUGCAUCACCGUGGAACAAUGAAUGCUUUGUAUAUGACGAUGAUGAUGAUUGGUAGCUUCUUGACCCCCAUGGCGGCCGGGAUGCAGGCGACACACCAAGGCUGGAGAUCGUCCUAUCGCACACUCGGGAUUUGCAAUGCCAUCAUAUUUGUGCUGUUCAUGUUCCUCUACGAGGAAACCAAGUAUAUGGUGGUGAUAGAUGGUGUGCACGAGUCACACGAACCCAUCAACGAAUCUCAGGUGAACCCCGAUGCUAGCAUCAAGGGAGAUAGCAAGUCGACCAUAGCGGAGGAAUUGAGUCCCCAAGCCCAGGGUUCCAACGCUGGACGUUCUGAGAUCGACAACAGCAUUCCAAUGAGAAGCUGGCGAGCGAGACUGGCACUCAUGACCUACACACCGGAACCUAUCUGGCCAUACUACUAUCGUCCUUUUGAGAUACUCUUCACUUUCCCUGCCGUGUUAUGCUGCGGCCUUCAAUAUGCGUGUGGUGUCAUGUGGCUCACGAUCAUGUCGAGCGUUCUUUCCCUUGUUUUCCCUCUUCCGCCUUACCUCUUCACGCCCGAACAGAUUGCUUUCAUGAGUGUUGGUCCUUUUAUCGGGAAUCUAAUCGGGUCGUUUUACGGAGGAUACCUUGGAGACCGAUCUCUUCGGUAUUUUGCCCGACGUAACAAAGGCUAUUUUGAGCCGGAGAUGCGGCUCUAUAUUCUCCACAUCCCAGUGAUUGCAUUAUGUGGUGGGACCAUCAUGUUUGGGGUGACUCUAGAUCGCGGUAUGCAUUGGAUCUACCCCAGCAUCGGUGGGGCAUUAUUCGGAUUUGGCCUGGGCAGUAUCAGCGACGCAUGCUUGACCCUGGUCAUCGACAGCCAUGUGUUGCUCACGGGAGAUGCCUUCACAGGCGUAGCCUUCAUGCGCAAUGUCUUCAGCAUUGGGAUACCGUUCGCGAUCAGUCCGUGGAUGGAGACCUGUGGACUCACCAACAUGUUCAUCGCUGUUGGAUUUAUUAGUCUCGGGGUAAAUCUGAUGCUAGUGGUGAUGAUAAUCUACGGAAAGCGGUUCCGACGGGCCAAAGCCCAUCGGUAUCGGGAACUGGCCGCCCAACAGGGCCGGGGAACUUGACCGGGCCGACAGUACGCGAGUGAUGCUGGUCGGGAAACACGCGAGGAGGCUGGUUGAGAGCGGAGAAAGUAGUGAAGAAAACCCAGCGCGCAAAGAAAAAGCAGAAAAAAACGUGCUUGAAACUCGGCUAUGG